GUUUUAGUCAACACCUGAUCGUCCUCCACAAAUGUUCAUGUCACAUAUUGCAUAUCUUAUUAAACACAAAUUAAAUAUGAAAUAAAACUGAGAAAUUGUACAGGCAGUGACACUGAGGAUGGCUCUGUACCAGGAAAAUACACAGGAUGACUCAAGCCCUGACCCGGUGGAUAUAGAGAAUUGGAUUAAAAUCGAAAUUAAGGCUGAGGAAGAAGACGACACUGACCUUCCCUCGACAUGGGACCCAUUUCCUGGUGCUCGUAUGACACAAUUGUGUCAAGCAAAUGUCGAAAAUGUGCAAACUUCAAAUUCGGCCGGUGAUAAGAAUAAGGUAGUUUGCCACAAUUCUAAACAUUUGGAGGGUAGUUUCGGCACUCUCAGACCGUUCGCCACGAAAUGUGGUAGCCCACGGAGGAGAAGAAAUGUAAAGAAGGAAGAGCCACUUAUCGCAAAUGAAUGUGAAUUUGAAAUUCAUCCCUUACUUCAAUGCUCAUUUCCCACCUGCGACAAGAUAUUCACAUCACAAGAAUCCUUAGAUAAGCAUCAUCGGACCGUACACCCAGCAACACUACUUCCGUGCUAUUUUUGCGAUGCGACGAUAAAGUCCAGUCAACAGCUUAUGUAUCACAUGUGGAGCCAUCACACCGUUGAGAGACCAUAUUCAUGCAAGGUUAAGGGUUGUCGGGCAGGAUUUUGUGCUUCGUAUCAACGUAACCGUCAUUUUAACGCAAAUCACACUAAAACAAAGAAAAGGAAGCGAUUCUUAUGCGAUCAAUGUCCGAAAGAAUAUUUGAGUGCUGAGACCUUGAAAAAUCACGUUGAAUUUGUGCACACAAUUUCUAAACGGUUCGAGUGUUUAGUGUGCAAGAAGCUAUUUCCUAGAAAAGCUUAUCUUGAAGAUCACACCAGAGUCUCUCAUACGGGAGAGAAGCCAUUCGCCUGUAAGUUCUGUGAUUAUAAAUAUGGUCGACGCAACACUUUGUCAAGACACGUGAGAUUAAAGCACCCAAAGAAUACGACAGGAGAUAAGUAAUUGCUAAAUAUUAAAAUCCAACCGGAUGAUUAUGUAAGCGUCCGGUUUAAAACGGGUGUAAAUUUUUACCACUUAAGUAUCUAGAAACGUAAAUCGUAUAAAUAUUUAGGGUUAGUUUUAACCCCAAACUGUCUAAUUAAUGCUAGAUCAGUAAAUUAUAUUAAGCAUUUAAUUUAGGUCCGUACUGUGUUGCAAAAGCGUUUCGUUAAUUAUAAAAUGUUCAAAAUUCUAUUGCCCAGAGUUUAUAUAAGGAAUAAAUAUGUAUUGACAUACACAUACACUUUAA